UUUUUUUUUAAUAUCAAAGUAGUAAAAUUUUAAAAAUUUUUACAUUGGUUGUUGGUUAGUUUACUAAGAGAACUAAAAUCUAACGAUGAACGUGAAAAAAUCCCUACAUCUUUGAGCCUACCAAGAGUCACCCCAAUUUACCAGAAAAAAAUGAUCCAGCAACUGAGUCCCAUCAAACAGUACUCGAUCGUUUGUUUGUAUUUAUCACUAGUACUGUCGAUGAAUGCCAGAAGCCUGAAAGCCGGUCGGCGACGUCAAGACGACGGCCAACUUUGUCACGGGGAAUUCUCCCUGGACGCGCAGCCCGGCAAAACCGCGCAGAUGUGGACCACCUGCGAAGUGAGCAAACCCGAGCAGUUCAUCACCCACGUGCUCGUCAUUGACAGAGUUUGCCCGGAUAGAGGUGGCUACGCUCACAUAUACAAGGGGGGCAUUUGCCAAAAAACCGUGAGCAUCAACAUGAUAAGCCCCAGGAACAAUCCGCUCAAUUUCUCCGUCUACGUAUUUGCCACGCCGGCUUGCUGACGACUCUUAUGUUCCGUUGCGUCAAAUGAUAUGGGUAAACCACUUUGAAAGUGCAUUGCUUAAAAAAAAAAAAAAAAAAGAAAUUUUUAUUGUUUU